GUGGCUAGAACUAAGCAGACUGCACGAAAGUCUACCGGUGGUAAGGCCCCUCGUAAGCAGCUGGCUGGCAAGAGGGACCCUAUAAGCAAGGGCAAUAAGCGAAAGCCUCGCCGCUAUAAGCCAGGUACCGUUGCCCUACGAGAAAUUCGAAACUAUCAAAAGUCGACUGAACUUCUCAUCCGCGAACUUCCUUUCCAGCGUUUAGUAAGUUUGUUUUGCACUUAA